AGGACCUGACUGGGACACUGAAUUGUAUGAAGAAGGAGGUGCUACUGUCAGGGAGCUUCUUAGCGAACUAUAUGGCAAAGUUGGUGAAAUUCGGCACUGGGGUCUGAUCCGAUACAUCUCUGGGAUCUUAAGGAAGAAGGUGGAAGCACUUGAUGAGGCCUGCACAGACCUUCUCUCAUACCAGAAACACCUGACGGUAGGACUUCCUCCAGAACCUCGCGAGAAGACAAUCUCUGCACCUCUACCAUAUGAGGCACUCACUAAGCUAAUAGACGAAGCCAGUGAAGGAGACAUGAGUAUUUCAAUCCUUACACAGGAAAUAAUGGUAUAUCUUGCCAUGUACAUGAGAACUCAGCCUGGCCUCUUUGCUGAAAUGUUCCGACUUCGAAUUGGUCUGAUCAUCCAAGUUAUGGCAACAGAACUGGCUCACUCUCUUCGAUGCUCAGCUGAAGAAGCCACAGAGGGCCUGAUGAAUCUGAGUCCUUCUGCCAUGAAGAACCUCCUGCACCACAUCCUCAGUGGCAAAGAGUUUGGAGUGGAACGAAGUGUUCGUCCCAUUGAUUCAAAUGUGAGUCCUGCUAUUUCCAUCCAUGAGAUCGGUGCUGUUGGAGCAACAAAAACAGAACGAACUGGAAUCAUGCAGUUAAAAAGUGAGAUAAAGCAGGUGGAAUUUCGUAGACUGUCUGUCUCUACUGAGAGUCAGACCAGUGGUGGUCAUCCCUCUGGUGUAGAUUUGAUGUCACCGUCCUUUCUGUCACCUGCAGCCUGUAUUGCUGCAAGUAGUGGAUCCUUUUUUACUGUGGAUGGUCAACAGACAUCUAAAGAUAGUCGUCAAGGUCAAUGGCAACGGCGGAGAAGACUAGAUGGAGCACUAAAUAGAGUACCAAUCGGAUUUUAUCAAAAAGUAUGGAAAAUUUUGCAAAAAUGUCAUGGACUUUCUGUGGAAGGUUUUGUUCUUCCUUCUUCAACCACAAGGGAGAUGACCCCAGGCGAGAUUAAAUUCUCUGUCCAUGUGGAGUCUGUCCUGAAUCGUGUACCUCAACCAGAGUACCGCCAGCUUCUGGUUGAAGCUAUCCUUGUCCUUACCAUGCUGGCAGAUAUUGAAAUUCAUAGCAUCGGAAGCAUCAUUGCUGUGGAAAAAAUAGUACACAUUGCCAAUGACUUGUUCCUUCAAGAACAGAAAACCCUUGGCGCAGAUGACGUCAUGUUGGCAAAGGAUCCUGCAUCUGGCAUCUGUACUCUUCUGUAUGACAGCGCACCCAGUGGCAGAUUUGGCACAAUGACCUACCUCUCCAAGGCAGCUGCUACCUACGUGCAGGAGUUUCUGCCACACAGCCUCUGUGCCAUGCAGUGAGGGCUGUGGGUUCUGGCUGCUGGAAUCCUUUCAGCAUCUGGUCCCUGUGUUGGUUGAUUGUGCAUGGAACUGAAAUGUUAACACCUGACCACUCUCCAUCCCUCCCAAGAAGAGAGAACUUUGCUGAUAAUCUCACUACUUUUGAAGAAAAGAACCCUCACUUGGAGACUCACUCCAGUGUAAAGGUUCAACUGGGUCUACAAUCACUAUCCUUGCUUCUUUUAUGGUUCAGAAAUGUCUGCAUGUGUUUUUACUCUGUAGAACUGUUACCAGCUUUGUUUUCUAACUCCUUUUGAGGAACAGGUAUUAAUAAGUUAUUCUGAAGACCUUAUUCUUAUUUCUGGGCUUCCUUUCUUUUUUGUGUAUAUGAGUGGUAGGUCUUAAUUGGGUCAUUAUUUCAAGAGAGUAGAUGCUAAAUUGUUGGAUUUUAUACUGCUGUAAUUUUGAAAUGUCUAUUUUAAGUGCCUUAAGAAACACCAACACCAGAUCAUGGCUUCCUUCUUCACUCGAAGGCUGAUUCAUUUUGAGUGGUGAAAUAGUUUCUUUGUCAAAUAUUGCCUUUUGAUGUUGACCUUUCUAUAUCUGCCCAUGUUGCCUGCUCUGUGGUGAAAUAUUAAAAAGUGUAAGCUCACAUGUAAGUUUAAGGAUUUCUAUGUUAAUACUUGAAGUCACAUUUUAUGAGGACUGAUGCUACCAGGCACAUAUUUGAGGACACAUGGAAUAACCCAGAAAAAAAUGGAGCCAGGAGCCCAAUUCCAGAGAGGAAGGGAAAGGGGAGGUUAUGCAGGUGGUGCUUUACACACAGGGAGUCAAGAGACCACCAGAGGCAAGUAGGUUAAUCCUUGCUGGAGCACAGCCCACAUACAACACAGAGAAUAACUGAAGCCUUGAGCAAAGAGAAACCCAGCAGUCCAGUCGGAGCACCUCUUUCCUGUUCUUUUGUUCUCCACCUCACCUAUUCACACCCCGCCACACUCAAAUCUCUCCUUCUCAUCUCCCUCCUAUCCCAUAUCUGUUCUUCAAUUCUUUCACCUAUGUUUGUUUUCACUUCUCAGUUAUACUACUUAUAUCCUUUAAUCUUGGUAUCUGUGGCCAAAUAUCUAUUCUUAUACAUAUUUCUGUGUGUUUGUAAUGGUUAAAUAAUUGUAUUUUGAGUGUGUCUGUCCAUCUCUACAUUUAAUGGAUUGAAUAACCAUGUGGGUAACAUUGCAAACCAAGCCUGGUCAUACUCAUUGCUAAUCUGAGAACUUGAGAGGCUGAAGCAGGAGGAUCGUGAGUUCAAAGCCAGCCUGGGCUACAAAGCAAGCUCCAGGCAAGCCUCAGUAUGAGACCCUGUCUUGAAACAUUUUAAAGCAUGGGAGCUAUGCAGCUGGCCUCAGAUUGACACACAAAGGAUCGCAAAAAUAUACCUUCCAUCCCAUUCUCUGGUCCCAUGUAUAGGUAGCCUGGCUUAGCAGAGGUUUUCUUUGUUUUCCUUGUUUCUACUCGACUCCUCUUUCCCUCAGAGUUUUAAGGGUUUUCUCCCAGAACAGUAAUGAGUAUGAUGGGGCUAGUGAACUCAAAACAGUCACAGAAUCGGGAACAGUCUUCCAGGCACACUGUCCAAAUGCAGUGAGCUAGCAAACGGGUGGUAGAAGCAAAGGCAGGGUGGCCCCCUUUCCCCUCUCACAGCCAUGGGAACACACAGUGAAUAGCUUUCUGAGUGCAUGGUUUUCCGGUCACUUUUGAGGAGAACAUACAACCUGUUUGUCUCUUCACAGCCUAUAAGUACCCUAGUCACGGGAAACACACCCAGCACUGCUUGUGGGAACUGCCGCUCCUUCCUGGACCUCUUUUCUUGAACUGACUCCAAUGCCUGCAGUUCUCUGGAGUUUCUGACUUGUCUGUUGAUGGAAAGCCCAGGCAGUGGCAUUUAAUUUCUAAAGUAACUUUCCAGAAAACAUUACUGGUAUUUUGUUCUUUUUUUCUUUUGUUCUUAUUUUUUCGAGACAGGGUUUUUCUAUGUAGCUCUUCAUGUCCUGGAACUCACUCUGUAGACCAGGCUGGUCUCGAACUCACAGAGAUCCGCCUGCCUCUGCCUCCCGAGUGCUGGGAUUAAAGGCGUGCGCCACCACUACCUGGCUAAGUAUUUUGUUCAUUUUAAGAGUGUUAAUAUGAAGAAAGAAACAUGAUGGAACUUUUUACAAGCACUUUAUGUUUUGAAGUUAGAAUAAAGAAUAAGAAUUUACUGUG